UUUUCAUUCAGUCUGGUUGUGACAAACACUGGAAGCGGUGCUACCCCCUGCUCGUCUGUGUGUAUUUACGAGGCGUCGCGUCGCGCGUGUGUGUCGUCUCUCUCUCCCUCUCUGGCUGUUCUCUUCUCUCCCGUUUGAAACCGCCGCUCCUCGUCCACUGCUGCUGGGCUGGAGAAGAGUGAGGAAGAAAAAAGGAAAGAAAGAAAAAGGAGGAAGAACUCCGUCGUCGAAUCGGGAGUCCGGCUGAAGAAGUGUGACCGUUUUUCGGCAGUUUUCGCGAAUUUUUGUUACAAAAACCAGAGAGGCGUCCGGAUUGCCCGGAUAGAUUACCACGUGUGCUGAGGUUGUGAUUGUUUUACCGAAGAUUAUGAAAAUAUGAGUGCAUCGACGCCAACGCAACCAGCUGGGCCGCCGGUACCGCCGGUGAAACCGAUUCUGUCCUCCCCGGGCGCUUACAUGGCCAAUUUUCAACCGUCGAACCCACUCGGUGGUGGUGGUUCGGGUCCAGUGUCGGGAACUCCGACCCCGGGCGGUGGUGUGGUCGCACCCAUUACGGCCGGAAUUCACAGUAGCAACAAAACGCACGAAAAGCCCACGAUAGCGGCCCGGCCAAUUCCACCUCCAACGCUGCCAAAAUACUCGUCCUCGUUCAACAAGAUCGACCGCGACCGGAACGAGUUCACCAAGCUCGACAAGGCGGAACGGGAAAAGCUCCAGUCAAAGCGUGAAAUGUUUUUCAAAUCCGAAAGCAACAGCCCGUCGGGACCGCCCCCGAAUCCACCGGUGUUGGGCAAUCUCAACCUGGCAAACAACAACGUUGUGAAUAACAGCGCAUCGCACCUAAACAAUGCCAAUUCCACCAGCGACAAGCAUUCAAUUAACUCGCAUACUAACAGCAGCGGCGGCGGCGGCGGUGGCCUGCCUUCUAACAACUCGGUCUCUAACAUGAACAACACCAACAACAACAACCACAACAACAAUAGUAUCAAUCACAGCAGCAGCGCCACCAGCAACGGAACGAACGGCGGCGGCGUCAACGGGUUGGCCAACAGUUUGAACAGCAUUUCGUUGAAGGAGAAGCGGGAUGCGAUUUUGAACGCGAACCACCAUGGGGAUGGGCUGCUGAUUCAGAACAAUGGGCACCACGACUCGAACAAGAUCCUGAACGAGCGACACGAGAAGGAGAAGCCGGUGGUGAAGUCGAAGCCGAAGGAGCUGGACGGGUACGUUGGGUUCGCGAAUCUGCCGAAUCAGGUGUACCGGAAGGCGGUGAAGAAGGGCUUCGAGUUUACGCUGAUGGUGGUGGGCGAGUCCGGGCUCGGCAAGUCUACGCUGAUCAAUUCGAUGUUCUUGUCGGAGGUGUACCACGCCGAGCAGCAUCCGGGCCCGUCCAAGCGGGUCAAGAAGACGGUCGCGGUCGAGAGCACAAAAGUAUUACUGAAGGAGAACGGGGUGAACCUGAUGCUGACGGUGGUGGACACGCCCGGGUUCGGCGAUGCCGUCGACAACAGCAACUGCUGGAUCCCGGUGGUGGACUUUGUCGAGAGCAAGUACGAGGAGUAUCUGACGGCGGAGUCGCGCGUCCACCGGACGGCCAUUCCGGACACGCGCGUGCACGUGUGUCUGUACUUUAUCGCCCCGUCCGGCCACGGACUGAAACCGCUGGACAUUGAGUUCAUGCAGCGGCUGUGCGAUAAGGUCAACAUCAUUCCGGUCAUUGCCAAAGCGGACACGCUCACGCCCGAGGAGAUUACGGCGUUCAAGAAGCAGAUUCUCAACGAGAUCGCCCAGCACAAGAUCAAGAUCUACGACUUCCCGGAACCGCUGGAGGAGGAGGAGGACGCCAAGACGCUCCGGCAGCUGAGAAGUCGCGUUCCGUUCGCCGUGGUCGGUGCUAAUGCAAUCAUCGAGAUUGACGGACGCAAAGUGCGUGGCCGUCGGUAUCCGUGGGGUGUAGCCGAAGUUGAAAACCUAGAUCACUGUGAUUUCAUUGCACUCCGAAAUAUGGUUAUCCGGACACAUUUGCAGGACCUGAAGGAUGUGACCAACAACGUGCACUACGAAAAUUACCGCUGUCGAAAGCUGGCCGGUCUCGGCAACGACGGAAAGACCAAAAUGAGCAACAACUUAUGCAAUAUUGGAACGAUUAAUGCAAACUCAUUUGGUACUGGAUGGAACCCGCUGGCCCAGAUGGAGGAGGAAAAGCGCGAGCACGAGUCCAAGAUGAAGAAGAUGGAGGCGGAGAUGGAGCAGGUGUUCGAGAUGAAGGUCAAGGAGAAGAAGCAGAAGCUCAAGGACUCGGAGGCCGAGCUGACGCGGAGGCACGAGGAGCGGAAAAAGGCACUGGAGCUGCAAAUCCGCGAGCUGGAGGACCGCCGGAAGGCGUUCGAGAUGGAGAAGGGCGAGUGGGAACAGUCGAACGGCGUCACGCUGGAGGAUCUCCGACGCAAAAGCCUCGAGGCAAACAGCAAAGAAACCGUGGACGGUAAAGACAAAGGUAAGAAGAAAAAGGGUCUAUUUUAAGGAGCGUGCGCACGCGCUCGUGAGAACAAUCAGAACACAGAACAACGUUGUUGUUGCGUGAUGACCCUUAAAAAUUCCUACACAACAACAACUACUACUACCGAUGCUGCAGCUGCAGACGUCCCAGACGACCUCUUCUUCUACUUCUUCUUCCGCGUCGUAAAGUUGUACACAAACACACACACAGACACAAAGACAACACAAAAAUCUAUCCAUUGCUACGCAACGCUAUUGUUCUGUCUGUCGCUGCUCUUACUACUACAUUCAAAGAAAUCGCUUCGGUUUUUUAUACUAGUAUAAAAGAAACAGUUUUAAGCGUGCGUGUAUUGGUGACAUUGCAAGCGAUAGAGACAAACACAUACACGAACACACACACUCACACAGCGAUUUGCGUUCAGGAGAACAAUCGACAAAGACGAUAAAAGGUUUACUGGAGAAUUUCACAGUAUAUAACUAAAAAUAUAAAUAGGACAGAGAGGUAUAUAGUAAUAGUUUGUAGGCUAAACAAGAGUAAACAUAACAACAACAACAGUAGAUAUGUAAUUCCAUAGUGUAUUAGAAUUUAUCGUUUUAAGGCGCCGCGCAGCAGAAUUUUCUCUCUCGCUUUCACUCGAGAAACAAUGCGUAGUGAAAGAGUGCAUAGUUUUUGCUUUCAAUUGUGUUCCGAAAAAAUAAUAUUAUGUGUAAGAAAGAUUUUCUUCGUGUACCGCGAUGAAUUUGUAACGAUUUUAUUUACAUUGGCGAAAUAAAAAAAACGGAAAUGGUUUUAUGGCAACACUGCUAAACGCACAGCUUACUUUGUUCACGAAAAUUCGCAUGUCAACGUAAAAUUACACGGAACACUUGCAAUUUAUUACGAGCGCAAUCGAACCAUAUAGAAAACGGAAUAAAUGCUAAAAUGAUACGAAAAGAAAAAAAACAUCAAGCAAAAAUGUAAUUGUUAAAAGGAUAUGCCAUAUAUAUAUUUAGAGUAUGUAUAUUUAUUAAAUUAUUUUAUUUUUUAAAAAGUUUAUUUUUAUAAAAUAAAGUUUUUUAAAACUUUUUUAUACACCCAAAAAAGAGAAUACACUCACGCAAAAAUAGCCACACAAACCGACACCUGACAGCGAUGCAAUUUUUUCGCGGCGUGCGCAGCAAAAAUAAUUGAUUUUUUUAAAUUAUAAAACAAAAAAAUAGUGACACUUCACAGACAAACGUCUGUGUUUGUGUCACCGAACAAAAAGAGGUUUUGAAAAAUCGCAGCUACAGUAGUUUUGCAUAAGCUUGCACAGAGUAAAUUUAGACACGCAUAACACCACAGUUAAAAAGUUGUAGGGCGACGAGUUUUAAAUUUGAAGAUGGAAAACUAAAUGUUUUAAAUGUAAUUUUACCUUAAUUUAUAAAACAUAAAAUUACACAAUAAAGAUGUUUUUUUUUUUCUUUGACUAAGCAAAAUUACAUUAUGGAGUUGAAAUAUUCGUCUUUUUCCAUGUAAUGUUAUUUGUUUUACAUUAUUUUAGGUAUAAUUACAUUAAAACAAUGUAAAUUUACAUUAUCAAGUUUUCAACUCGCAGUUUUACUUUUUUUUGACUGUGCAGAAAUCAGAACAGGUUCAAAUCACACAAACACUUCAGAGUUUCGCAGCAGUACAGUUUUAAGGCAGGUCAGAAUUGCAAUUUUAUCAUCGAUUUCAAUAGAGUGCAAGUGCACACAUAAUAGACGUAGAUGACGACAGAGUUUAGUCAAAACUUUUAACGAAUCGUAGCCGAGAUGAACUAUAUACAUUGCAUCAGGAAUAUGUAACGGAAUCGUGAAGCAAUUUGUGA